AUGGUCACUAGGGUGCAGCGAACGGGGUUCCGGCGUGCGUUAUUUCGAUGGCUACAACCCACGCCACUCAUCUACAAAAAUAUUGCUACUUCUAUAGACCGUUCGUACCCAGUUCUCGGCUUUUGUGCUCGCCAGGUCACAGUAUUAACGUCAAAUGGAGACCAAGUAUCUGCAUUACAGCGACUCGCUGAUGCUUCCAGGAAUUCGUGGCGAUUACGCGCGAUUGUGAAUGAUGUAGAGCAAUCACUACCUGUGGACAAAGGCAGACGAUUCUACAACCGCCGAGUGGUGGAAACGCUGGAACAGAGCGACUACAAUCGUGCUUGGGCCAUCGUGGAGACACUGCAUCGACGUUAUCCGAACAAGGCCGUUCUCUGGCCGUACACGUACAACCUGAUGCUGCGUCAUUAUUGCAAGCAGCAGAAGACGCUGAUGAACUCGAAUCUAAGACGUAUCUUGGCGUUGCUGGACGUGAUGGUGGCUCAAGGCUGCGCAGACCAGACGAGCAUUGAAAUAGCAAUGGCUGCGUGCAGUCGUGCACGGCAUUUACGAAGUGCGAGGCAUGUGCUGGAGAAGAUGCAAGAGGCUGGAAUAGAACCGGACGAAAGGAUAUUUGGCUUUGUAAUCAAUUGCUGUGCGAGGAAGCAAGGACUGGUUAAGAUGGCGGAACGGUGUUUUGAUGAAAUGCUAAUUGCAGGAGUGAAGCCAACAGGGCUGGUUAUUAAGGCCUUGCUGCGGGUGUACUCGCGUGAUUGUGGACGAUCGGAGGUAAUGCGGAAGCUUGUAAAGCGAGCGAGCGAUGAGUUUGAGUUGGUUCCCGACACUGGCAUAACCCGAACGAUGGUGUAUUAUCUUCUGUGUGAAGGUGACGUCGAUGGUGCUGUGCAUUUUAUGCGAAAGGUUGAGAGUAUUUUCCCGUUUGCGGAAUCUAUAAAGCUGCCUGUAAAGCGCCAAGUAGUGAAUGCGCUAGUUGAUGCUUGUCGUCAACGUGGUGAGUGGGAUUUGACUGAAUACGCGCUUACGCUUGUGGACAAGACCGAUGACGAGGACGUUUUAGCUGUCGAUUAUGACCAAGAUGUGCAACAUUCGAUUGAGCUAAAGCAGUUGGUUGCGAAACGUGAUGCUUUAUCUGCGGCGGUAGUCUGGGCGCUGGAUGAUCAAGAUUGGUCUCGAAUGACACGACUGGAACAGAAAGCAUUUUUUGUGAAUCGAAAUCAGAAAGAGAGUUUUGAGCGCGCGUUGGAGCAUAUGCGUUCACGCACGAAAAAGUGGUCAAUUCAACGACUGUCCUUAAAGCUAGAGGGCAAGUUGAGGGUAUUGGAUGAACUGAUUCGCACCAGAAGUGCAACUGCAGACGACUUCAAUGCUGUGUUAGGUAUUUGCGGGAGACAAGGACAGUCGGUAGAUGCAGUGUCCGUUUUGACAAAGAUGAAAAAAUACGCAGAAGUUUUGCCAGAAUGCACGCCGACGACUUGGAGUUAUAACGCGUUGCUAAAUGGAUAUGCAGUUCGUGGUGAUGUUGAACACAUAGAAUCGAUCGUGAAUGAGGUGAUCGACAGCGGUUUACAGCUUGAUCAAGUGACUAUGAACACAGUGAUCAAGGCCUAUAUCGCCAAUGUAAAAGAUAGCAUUAGUCAGGCGCGUCUCAACACUAUGAUGCAAGCGCUAUCAUUUUUUGAGUGGUGUACUAACGACCAGAAACUCAAUCCAGGGACAGCAACUUAUUACUUGCUAUUUCGGUUAUUUGCAACGUACUUGGAGUCACCUUGUGACGAAGAGUUGAUAUAUAGCCACGGCGGCUAUAGUGAAGAAGUCAUGGAUGGCCAAGGCGGAGAACUCAUGGCAUGGAUGGGAGAGUUCAUAUCCAGCACCUGCCACGACGCACCUCUUGGGUCACUGGAUACUGGUGUGUUCAAUAAUGCGUUUGACUAUUACUACCGCCUCGGUGACGUGGAUGAAUCGUUUGCACUAUACAAUUUGAUGAAGAAGCGCGGAUUUCAGCCAGAUGACACAACCCUCGGACUGAUGUUUGCUACAUGCGCGAGCCAGCAGCAGUUUGAGGUGGGCUUAAACUUUCUAGACCAUUUAAUGACCACCGACAGUUAUAAGCCGACGCUGAAGGUACUCAGUGGUGCCAUGCAGCUAUGUGCAAACUCAAAGAACCCGGACGGAGCACUGGAGCUCUUCCGAGCUAUUGAAUCGUCAGGCACAUUUGCGCUUACUGUAGAAACGUACGAGCCUGUGGUGUUUGCAUAUGCUCGGGUUGGUAAUGUGGCUAGUGCCUGGGAGAUCGCAAGCGAGAUGGAAGAGAAACUUGGGAGAGUAUCGAUUAGCAUCUACAACCGCAUUUUGUUGGCGUGCGUAGAAGCUGCUCUUCCUGGACAUGCCCUGGAAGUGCUAGAUGUGAUUCGGCUUAAAGAAGGAGUAACUCCCGACAUUAUUUCUUACAAUACGGCAUUGGAGGCUUUCGUGAGAGCUGGAGAGCGAGCGGCAUGGUGGAGAAAGAACAAAAGCAAUGUGGCGAAGGAAGAUGAUUGCAGAGUUGAUGAAGAUGGCAGGAAUGACGAAGACUAUUGUGACAGUGAUCAUGUGAAGGAAGAGGAGCCUGGUAUAGAGGAUUCUACUUCAGGCAACAGCAGUGUUGUGAAGACGGCGCGAUGCAAAGAUUAUGAGCUUGAACAGCGUGAGAGAGCUGCAUGGGUUCGUGCUGCUGUUCUAGGUCUACUCGACGAAAUGCAGGAAGGCCGAGUGAGACCGGACAUGACUACUUAUGAACGUGCGAUAGCUGCGUGCAGUGUGAACGAGGAUUUUGAAGGUGUGAUCACCAUAUUCGACCGACUCAUUGCCCGUAAGCGAGGUAAGGAUGCUGGUAAGCUGAAAAGCGAUCUCGUGACAGAAUCCUCUUUUUCAGCCUACCUUGUGGCGUGCACAUCAUUGCAAGACAAAGACCGCGUGAUUGAAGCUUCGACACUUCUCCACAAAUGGCACGCCGCAACGGGCCAAGUCCCGCCAGCGUUUGUCGUGGCGCAAUUGUUGGACUCCUUGGAAAGUCUUGGUGAAUGGCGCCGAGCUGUUCGGAUGCUUCCUAAUUGGCGGACAUUGUUUGGCGUUUCGCCUAGCGUUGCUGUACUCAAUCGUGUCAUGCAAAUGUGUAACCAUGCAGAAGAAUACCACCUUGUGGCUCCAAUAUUCGCUACUAUGCAGGAUGCUGCAGCUUCCCGCGUUUACCCCGACGCAGAGAGUUAUAUUCAACGAAUUUAUGCCGAAGAGCAGCGUGAGAAUUGGGUAGCAGCCACGAAUCUGUUCGUAGAGAUGCAGAAAACGUGCCCAAGCGAUGAGAUUCCACAUCAACAGCUUCAGAAGAUUGCAUUAGGUCGCAACAGGUUGCGUCAAAGAGAGCGUUAA